AUCUGAGUUUCCCUUUGUUUUUGUCCUGCAGUCCCACCCGCUGUCCCUGUGCAACAGCAGCGAGGAUGAACACACCGAAUCGGGAUUCAUCACCAUUGUCAAGCUUGAACAACCAGAUCGGGAUCCCAACCCCUGCCUGUCGCUGGCUAACAAGGCAAAGCUGGCAGGGGAGCGUGGAGCCCGUGCGAUCCUUUUUGAUAUUACCGAUGAUGAAAGCGCUGCUGAUCAGCUGAGAAAGCCCAGAGGUCUGAGUCAGCCUGUGGUUCUGAUCAGAGGCCACGAUGCCGAGCUUCUCAUGGGCGUCGUGAACAAGAACAGAGAGGCCCACGUGAAGAUAGAGGUCAAGGAGCCACCAGCUUGGCCAGACUACGAUGUGUGGAUUCUUCUCACGGUAGUCAGCACUGUGGUCGUCAUCAUUUUGAUUUUUGUUGUCCGCACAAAGUGCCAGCUGAACAGGACUCAGGACUCCUUGCAGCAGCAGACCAUGCAGGCUAUCGGGCAGCUGGCCACGCGCAGGUACCAAGCAAGGUGCCGGCAGGCAUCGCGGUGGGACUCAGCCAGCAGCUGCAGCUCAGCCCCGGUCUGUGCGAUUUGCCUGGAGGAGUUCAGCGAGGGCCAGGAACUGCGGAUCAUCUCGUGCUCCCAUGAGUUUCACCGGGAGUGUGUUGACCCCUGGCUGCAGCAACACCACACGUGUCCGCUUUGCGUGUUCAAUAUCCUUGCCAGAGACUCGGUGGACCAGGCCACAGCCGCUAGCUCCAGGCUGGCCCCUCAGGACAUGGAGCCUGGACGGCGACUCCACCUUUUCCGCCAGCACCCGGGACAUGCCCUUUACCAUCUCCCACACGCGUAUCCUCAGAGGAACCUCAGGACCUUUCCCCCAGAGCCAGCACAUGGCAACCCCUUCUUCCACUCUCCAGAGCUCUCCCAGCUGGAUUUUGGCACCAUCCAUUACAUGACUUGUUCUCUCCAGCCCCAGCCCCCUUGCCUGGGGGUCAAGGCAGCCCUGGCGCAGAAGCAGCACCGUGCGCCUGUCCUGCGCCGGGGGGUCGGCCACGGGCACCAGCACAACAGCAGCGGCUCCGGGGAGAGCUAUCUCACAGAGCACAGCGGGUACCUGGCAGACGGGCCGGGCAGCGACUCCAGCUCGGGGCCCUGCCACGGUUCCUCCAGUGACUCCAUGUUGCACUGCCCAGCCAAGCCCCGGGUGCUCAGCCACGUCCACUACCACCACCACCAGCACCAUCACUACAGAAGAGACGUGGAGUGUCCACCCGGGCGGGCCGGGCAGGGGCCUGGGCAGCGCAAAUCCCGGUACUCUGGGGCCAAGGUUGGCUUCCAUGGUGCUCGGACACAAAAGAGGACUGAGAAAAGCCAUCACUGUCAGCAGCCUCUGGAACGCAGCACUGUGCUACAGGAGGCAGCUCUGGGAGGACAGCCAGCCUGUCCCCAGCAAGGCCAGGAGCCUCCUCAUGUCCCCUCCGCUUCUCCAAACAGGUUGGACUUCAGUGUAGAUGCCAACAGACAAUCGGGAGCAGCUGGCACAUCGCCUGUCCCGCUGCCCUCAAGACACAGCUUACAGAGCCGUCAUCACCGAAGGAAAAGAAAGUGUCCCCUGGAGCCCGACCCCGCUCUCCUGCCUGAGGACUCAGCCUUGCCCAAAGCCUGCGAUUCUGACGUUCCUCACAGCCACCCCGCUGGCUACUGCUGCUCGCCCGAAGUCCAGCCCCUGAUCCCCAGCGCUCCCCUGCCCUGCGGCUCGGGCUCUCGGCCACUCUGGAAGUGUUUAGUGCCGCAGUCCGGCUCAGAGUUGAAAAAGCAGGAGGAGGGGUUGUCAGGACGGGAGGGAAACCGCACCGUUCCUGAUGAUUUCUCGGGGAUGGGCAAUCCCAGACACAGUCUGAGUCUUCACCUUCACUGCUCGUCUCAGCAGGGCAGUCAGGGAUCUGAAGAGGAGGUCCAGGAUGUCCAUGAACACUCAGUUUAG